CAUAUGGAGCGAAGCGAUCAUUACAGUAUUAACUGCAGUUAAGUUGUGUCCAUCGCCGUUGACAUACGCGAAGUGCACUUAAAAUAAAGUGUGUAAAAUUCGAAAUAAAAAAAUUUAAAUAAAACUUUCAACGCGAAGAAAGUAUUAAAAGCUUUUAGUUCACUACACAUAGCUAACGAAAAAACCUCAUACGCCAUGUCAGAUUUCGGAAAGAAUCCUCCACCAUACUCACAGCCUGGCUACACGCCUGCGCAAACUUAUCAACCGCCACCAACCACCGAAACUGUGAUCAUACAAACAACGAGUCCUGCAUUCGUGCCCGUUAGCAAUGAACCGACACGCAUCACUUGUCCCUCCUGCCACGCCCAAGUGUUAACUAAAGUGGAACAUCAAGCGAACUCGCGCACACAUUGCUGGGCGUUGAUACUAUGCCUCGUAUUUUGCUGGCCUUGCGUGUGCGUACCCUACUGUAUGAAGUCCUGUCAGAGUGCCAAUCACUAUUGUCCCAAUUGUGACGUAUACAUUGGCUCAUACAGAAAUUAACUGUAAUAAACAAAG